AACGUAGAAUCAUGAUUGCUGCCUCAUGAAUGUACUGCCAGUAGGCAGUCAGCUUGCACUCGAAGCGGAUUCACAUCGAAAUGUUGGUCGAUCAGCAAUUUGAGGCAGCUGCUGCAGCUGUAAAAGAGCUUACGAAACGUCCUACUGACGGAGAGCUUUUGGAACUUUACGCUUUAUUCAAACAAGCUACAGUUGGCGAUAAUAACACAUCUAAACCUGGUAUGCUGGAUCUGAAAGGAAAAGCAAAAUGGGAUACCUGGAACAAGAAGAAGGGCACUUCGCAAGAAGUAGCGAAGCAAACUUACAUCGAUUAUGCCAAUCAAUUGCUCGAAAAAUAUAAAUAGAUUUAUCUAUUAGUUGGGAUAGUUGUGUUCCUGUCAUAGUUAUAAGCCAAAUACAUUUUUAUAUAUGCGAUACAGGUCACAUUCGUCUAGACGCUAACAUAAGUUGAACGCGUUUGAUGACCAAAAUUGGAACAAAAAUAUUAUAUAUAAUAUAUACUUUUGCACAAACAUACUUAUUCUUAUAGUGCCUUCCUGUUCUCUUCCUUAAUAUACCAAGCAUCGAUAAAAACAAUGCGGCUAACAAAAUAAAAAUGUAAUCAUGUCACUUUCAUCGUUGUUUAGUACAUUUUAUGUUGUUUUAUUAUAAAUUGCAACUAGUACGACAAUAGAGAAUUCAUUGUAUAAAA